AUGGAGUCACUUCUCAACCAAUCUCGGGCCAUGUGCCCGUUCUUGAAGAGAACGUCCCCAGCCGCUUUGCGAUCGCUGUCAAUGGCCGCUCCCAGCACCGGGCCUCGUGGUGGCACCAUGUCCAACCUGCAGGUCAUUGCCCGCCGCUGCCCGGUUAUGAGCAAGGCCUUGGCGGUCCAGAGUUCUCGACUUGCCUCGAAGAACUUCACCACUACCGCCUGUGGAAUUGGUGCUACCAACAAGUUCAGGACUUUUGAAAAGGUUUCUCGCCGCCCUCUUCAUACCACUGCAGGCAAUGGCGCCAGCGUCGAAGUGGGUGGCACUUACGAGAAGGGUAGCCGACUCCACCCUCAACCACCCAUGGAUGCCGGCAAACCUGCACCUCGCAAGCCCGAAGUCCCUCUUGCUGGCCCUCACCCUCAGGCUCCCGCCACACCCAAGUUCGAUUACGAGGCCUUCUACAAGAACGAGCUGGACAAGAAGCACAAGGACAAGUCGUACCGCUACUUCAACAACAUCAACCGUUUGGCUAAGGAGUUUCCUCGCGCUCAUAUGGCCGCUGCCGAGGAGAAGGUGACUGUCUGGUGCUCCAACGACUACCUCGGCAUGGGCCGCAAUCGUGAGGUGCUCAAAAGCAUGCACCAAACUCUCGAAAACUAUGGAGCAGGUGCCGGAGGUACACGUAACAUUUCCGGCCACAAUAAGCAUGCCGUUCAGCUGGAAGGCACACUAGCGAAGCUGCAUCACAAGGAAGCGGCUUUGGUGUUUAGCUCAUGCUACGUUGCUAACGAUGCAACACUUGCGACAUUGGGAAGCAAAUUGCCCGAUUGUGUCAUUCUUUCCGACAGCUUGAACCACGCUUCGAUGAUUCAGGGCAUCAGACACUCUGGUGCCAAGAAGAUGGUUUUCAAGCACAACGAUAUGGUCGAUUUGGAGACAAAGUUGGCCUCUCUACCAGCCGAAGUUCCCAAGAUCAUCGCCUUUGAAUCAGUUUACAGCAUGUGUGGAUCUAUUGCUCCUAUUGAGAAGAUCUGCGAUCUUGCUGAUAAGUACGGUGCUAUUACAUUCUUGGAUGAAGUGCACGCUGUUGGUAUGUACGGCCCACAUGGAGCCGGUGUCGCGGAACACCUCGACUACGACAUCUAUGCAUCUCAAGACACCGCCAACCCAAUCAGCACCAAGGACACUAUUAUGGACCGAAUUGAUAUAAUCACCGGUACACUAGGAAAAGCCUACGGAUGUGUCGGCGGUUACAUUGCCGGUUCGUCCAAGCUAGUAGAUACUAUCCGAUCUCUAGCUCCCGGCUUUAUCUUCACAACAUCUCUACCCCCUGCUAUCAUGGCUGGUGCCAAUUCAGCAAUUGAAUACCAGUCUAGAUACAGCCGUGACCGAACUCUCCAGCAACUCCACACUAUGGCCGUCAAGGACGCCUUCAAGGAGAUUGAUAUUCCGGUCAUCCCUAACCCCUCUCACAUUGUACCUCUACUUGUUGGCGACGCAGAGCUUGCUAAGCAAGCUUCUGACAUGUUGCUCGAAAAUCACGGAAUCUAUGUACAAGCCAUCAACUACCCAACUGUCCCACGUGGGGAGGAACGUCUUCGCAUUACGCCUACUCCCGGACACACCAAGCAAUACCGCAAUGAACUUGUGCAAGCCGUUAACUCUGUAUGGAACGAGCUCGGCCUUAAGCGUACCAGCGAAUGGAAAGCUCAGGGCGGCUUUGUCGGUGUUGGCGUUGAAGGCGUCGAAGAGCAGAAUAUGCCUAUCUGGGAAAACGCUCAGCUUGGAUUAAAGGAGAACGAGUCUGUGGAGGAUGCGGUCAAUCGCGAACUCAAGGAGCAUGCACUCGAGGAGCAGGCACUGCUUGCCGAGGCCGUCCAGUCUAUGCGAACCGGUGGUACCACUGUAAACGCUGCUGGAUUUGCUUCCGUCGGAACCGCCGUCGGAGUUGCCGCUUAA